AGUGGAUCCGCACACUUGCUUGAGAUCGUGAGUAAAUAGCGCGUCGCACAUCAGCUUCCUGGAGAUAUUUAUAAGGAUUAUACGCUUGAAUGUCACAGUCGGUGUUCGUAUGACUUGGGAAUACGCAGCGUGGUUUAAGACUUUUUAGUUGAAUAUGUUUUAAGUAUCUUUUUCUUUGAAGUGUGUGAUUAUUAUAUGUUCGGAGGUUCUUGCUCAGCCAUUCAACGCCAAACUUCUGCUGAUCUGAUCUACAGCGGAGUCUCUGUCCCUGUCGAGGACAAAAUGCCUCAAACGCCACCCUUUCCAGUGAUGUAUGGGCCCAAUGGAUACAACAAGAAUAUUUAUGAGGCCAAGGAGGAAGACUACGAAGGCCUGUAUUACCAUGACAACACCCUGGUGUCGGGGUCCUUGGAGGCACUUAUUGAGCACUUGGUCCCUACAGUGGCGUACUAUCCUGAUAGGACAUACAUCUUCACGUUUCUGCUCAGUUCCCGUCUCUUUACUCAUCCAUAUGAGCUGAUGUCCAAAGUGUGCCAUUUAUGUGUGGACCAGCAGAGGCUCAGUGAUCCUCAGGCGGACAAGGCAAGAGUCAGGAAAAUUGCUCCUAAGAUCCUGCAGUUGCUGACUGAGUGGACCGAGACGUUUCCCUAUGACUUCAGGGAUGAAAGGAUGAUGAAGAGUCUGAAGGAACUAACACAUCGUCUGAGUACUGGAGAUGAACUCUAUCGUAAAUCGGUGCAACAGAUGACACAAACGCUGAUCCGUAAGCUCACCACACUGAGUCAGUAUGAGGAGGCCCUGGCCAAGAUCAACUCGUCUGUGACCGACAGACUAACUGUUCUGAAGACCAAACCUCAGUCCAUCCAGAGAGACAUUCUGACCAUCUGCAAUGACCCCUUUACCCUGGCACAACAACUCACACACAUUGAACUGGAAAGACUGAGCUACAUUGGACCAGAGGAGUUUGUUCAGGCGUUUGUUCAGAAAGACCCUCUUGAUAACGACAAGAGAUGCUUUAGUGAUCACAAAAAAGCAAGUAACCUGGAGGCUUAUGUGGAGUGGUUCAACAGGCUCAGCUACCUGGUGGCGACGGAGAUCUGCAUGCCUGUAAAGAAGAAACAUCGGGCUCGAGUCAUUGAGUUCUUCAUCGACGUGGCACGAGAAUGCUUCAACAUUGGCAACUUCAACUCGCUCAUGGCCAUCAUUACCGGGAUGAACAUGAGCCCUGUGUCACGGCUCAAGAAGACCUGGGGCAAAGUCAAAACCGCCAAAUUUGAUAUACUAGAGCACCAGAUGGAUCCCUCUAGCAAUUUCUACAACUACAGAACAGCGCUGCGUGGAGCCACUCAGAGAUCCAUCACUGCUCAUAGUAGCAGAGAGAAGAUUGUUAUUCCUUUCUUCAGCCUCUUGAUCAAAGACAUUUACUUCCUCAAUGAAGGAUGUACCAACAGGCUCCCCAACGGACAUGUCAAUUUUGAGAAAUUCUGGGAGCUGGCCAAACAAGUGAUGGAGUUCAUGACUUGGAAGAAGGUGGAGUGUCCUUUUGACAGAGACCGCAAGAUUCUGCAGUAUCUCCUGACCGCACCAGUCUUCAGUGAAGACGCUUUGUAUCUGGCAUCGUAUGAAAGUGAAGGACCGGAGAACAACAUGGAGAAAGACAGAUGGAAAUCUCUCAGGUCAUCUUUGUUGAACAGGACGUAAUCAAGUGAUCCCUCUGAAAAGCAAGCUGUGUCCCCCUUUUGCCCCUUCCAAAAGUGAGAUGUAUCCCUGUUUUUCAAGGGAGAUGACAAUCCAUGUUUUGCUGAACGGCACAUUUUUAUGUUGGAAAGAGGAGCAUUUUUUUGCAAGGCCCUACUCUUUCUGUCUUUCAUACUGGAUAUUGCAGGCUUUUUCAUGUCUUUGUGCAGACUUUUGUACUCCCUUUUCCCCCUUUUUAAACCGUGGUUUGAGCUGAAGGAGAAAUGUGUUUGGUAUGUCCCUCGACUACAAACCAAUUCCGGUCUAUGCUGUCGUUCUUGUCUGUUGACUCUGUGAGUUUGCUGCUGGUUGGCAAACUCAAUUGGAACAGGUUGGGGAAAAGAAAAAGAAAAAAACAUCAUGAUGAUAUAAACCAGCAUUAUGUGUACUGGGUUCCAGUACUGUAUAUUUUUAUUGUACCUGAAGCAUUAAUUUAAGUAUAAUUUUAUGUUGUCACUAUUUUUUGAUAGUGUUUUUGUAUGCACAUGAGAUGAGAGUAAUGCACUGCUUCAACCUCUGUGAGUGACCAUUGAUGUGUGCGUGACAAACCCGCUGAGGGUUGCCAAAUGCACUGGAUGUUUCUGUUAAUAAAGAUGUCAAUUCUUUUCUCGUGUAAACUCUUUUGUGAUGAUUCUGCAGCAUAAUGCUCCCCAUCCCUUUUUAUUGUCGUCAUGGUUUACCGUCGAAGGAAAAGCAGUGUUUGUUUGUCAGUGUUACAGGUGUAAUGCUGUUUCUUACACAAUGAAGGUGAUAUUUAUUGAUGGAUAUCGCACUGUGUGUAAGAGAAUUCUCCCAAGUGCUGUUGACCAUAGUCAGUGGUGAAUGGUGUUAUGUCGUCCUCUGGUGGUGAAGUGACGAGGGGACAGAUAGUGUUGUUCUUAUCAGGGAGGAGUUAAAUUCAUGAAGGUUUAUCAUACCUGUGGUAGUUGGGAUUUGAGUCCAUUUAUAGGAUGUAUUAGUUUUCAUUACUGUUAUAUUAAUAUUUUCUAUUUUUGGUUUUAUUUAUUGGCCUCCAAAAUAUCUGUAGUUGUCCUGUUUUUGCCUGCUUUACUGUUUUCAAAUAUGUCACAGAUUUUUACAUACUUUAUUAUAUUAUUUGUUAUUUUGUACUAGGUACAUGUUUUUUUAUUAGUAAUCAGAUAUUGCCCUAUCUUAUAUUUUAUAAUGUUUAUAAAAGUUUGUAUGGAAAAAUACUAUUUGACGGUACUAGCACACAUUAUGAAGUUAUUGUAUGUCGGAUGAUGUCAAUCUUUUUUUUUUUUUUUUCCUUAUUGGAAAAGGUCCACAAAUGCAUCUUUUUUUCUAUGUAAAUAUCAUGUCUUUUUCUCCACUCUGUAUAUUGGUAUGUAUUUUGAUUGUUUGGGCAGAUUAUAGAACCUCAUGAAUAGUAUGGAGUGAACAAGAAAAAAGAGGAAUUAAAGAAUGCCUAUAAAGCUA